UUCUAGUAAAACUGUCAUCUGCCGUAUGUAGGCUCCAGUCAUUUUCUAAUAGUGUGUGCAUGAAAUUGACUCAAUAAAAUCAACAUAUGUCGACCUUACAAUGUGUCACAUAGAUAAAUUAUUUCAACGAAUUUCUCCACAAAACUAGGUCAUACCUGCCUUUCUCUCACUUCUCUCUCCCUAUAUAUAUAUAUAUUAUCUAGUCACCCUUGUGUUUGGACCCCUAAUAUUUUGGAUCUGAACUUCGCCCUCUUCAUAUUUUCCUUUGAUAUGGAUUAUGAAACCAAGUUAUGGUUAGUGAUGAUUUUUUUCUUCAGUGCAACAUACAUGCAAUAUUAUUGUGUUGUUGGGAAGCCCCAAGUACCUUGCCUUUUCAUUUUUGGAGACUCUUUAUCUGAUAGUGGAAACAACAACAAUCUACAUACAGAUGCCAAAGUUAAUAACUUGCCUUAUGGGAUUGAUUUUCCACUUGGCCCCACCGGAAGAUUUACCAACGGCCGUACUUCAGUUGAUAUAAUCACUGAGCUUUUGGGAUUGGAAAAUUUUAUCCCGCCCUUUGCAAAUACCGGUGUUUCAGACAUACUCAAAGGCGUGAAUUAUGCAUCCGGCGCAGCGGGGAUUCGCAACGAGACCGGCACACAUUUGGGUGAGGAUAUUAGCUUGGGAUUGCAGUUGCAAAAUCAUAAAGUCAUAGUUUCCCAAAUCACUCAGAAACUUGGAGGCCCUGACCAAGCACAACACCACCUAAAUAAGUGUUUAUAUUAUGUGAAUAUAGGCAGCAAUGACUACUUAAACAAUUACUUCUUACCGGAGCAUUACCCAUCAAGUCGAACGUAUUCUCCUGAACAGUAUGCUGUGGCCCUUGUCCAAGAAUAUGCAAGGAAUUUAAAGGAUUUGCACGCACUUGGGGCAAGGAGGUUUGCCUUGAUAGGCCUGGGACUUAUAGGCUGCAUUCCACAUGAAAUCUCUAUUCAUGGGGAAAAUGGGUCAAUAUGUGUUGACGAGGAAAAUAGAGCAGCACUCAUGUUUAAUGACAAGCUUAAACCAGUAGUUGAUCGUUUCAAUAAAGAAUUACCUGAUGCCAAAUUUAUCUUCAUUAACAGUGCCGUGAUCUCAUUACGAGACUCAAAAGAUUUCAAUACCUCAAAGUUACAAGGGAUUUCAGAAGUUGCUGUGUGCUGCAAAGUGGGGCCGAAUGGGCAGUGUAUCCCUAAUGAGGAGCCAUGCAAGAACAGAAACCUACACGUAUUUUUUGAUGCAUUUCAUCCAUCUGAGAUGACCAACCAACUCAGUGCAAGAAGUGCGUAUAAUGCUCCCAUUCCAACUCUCGCGCACCCAAUGGAUAUCAGUCAUCUUGUUAAGUUAAAAUGAAGAUGGAAACUCUUACAACCGUAUUUAUUUACAUAUGUAUCUGAUUUUUGCCAGAACUUAUAAUAAUCAUAUUGUAGCCGAAGGAGAUUAAUUGCAACCAAUUAUUGGAAUUUCAUUUGCAAUAUUGCAGUGUUAUAUA